AUGUGGAAUUCCUCGGGAAACAUAUUCGCAAGAACAAACCAAUAUGGGGUUCACGAGGAUGAGGAAGCUCUCUGGGUGGCUGCUCUGCAGAGAUCUCCUACAUAUGUUCGAGCUCGGACGUCUAUUUUUCGGAACCUGUCGGGAGAGUUUUCACUUGUAGAUGUUGGUAAACUUGAAGUUCAAAAGCAGAAGGCUGUGUUGGAUAAGUUGAUUAGUGUCAUUAAUGAAAAUCCAGAGCUGUUUUUCAACAGAGUCAGACAAAGAUUCGACGCCCUAUGUUUCCUUCAAACCUACUUCAAUGUUGUAGUCCCAGAGUUGAAAACCUUUCUUCCAAGAGUUGUAUAUGAUAUUCCUCCUGGUGGGGUUAUUCCUAUUUCUGUCAUGGGAAAUAAGGUUUCUGGACCCUUUUUGUACUCUUGCGGACAGUCUGGUAAUGUUAUCACUGAGAUUGACUCUGCUUUUGGGUCCUCCAAGCUCUGGAAAGACGACACUGCUGUUGGCUCUUGCUGGCCGACUUGGACCUGGUCUGCAGGGAGAAUUACAUACAAUGGGCAUGACUUCAAGGAGUUCGUCCCCCAAAGGACUUCAGCAUAUGUCAGCCAGAAGGACUGGCACAUGGCAGAAAUGACAGUGAGGGAGACUCUCACAUUCUCCGGACGUUGUCAAGGUGUUGGAUUCAAGCAGGAUAUGCUUUUGGAACUUUUAAGAAGAGAGAAGAAUGCCGGGAUAAAUCCGGAUGAAGAUCUUGAUAUAUUUGUGAAGGCAGUAGCACUGGGGGAGCAGACAAGCCUUCUUGUGGAAUAUAUCAUGAAGAUGUUAGGAUUGGAUAUUUGUGCUGAUACAUUGGUGGGAGAUGAAAUGCUCAAAGGAAUCUCUGGGGGUCAAAAGAAGCGUCUUACUACUGCUGAAUUGCUAAUGGGUGCAUAUAGAGUGAUUUUCAUGGAUGAGAUAUCAACUGGGCUUGAUAGUUCAACAACGCAUCAAAUUGUUAAUUAUCUUAGGCACACAACUCAUGCUCUUGAUGGGACUACAGUCAUUUCACUCUUGCAACCAGAUCCUGAGACUUAUGAGUUGUUUGACGAUAUAAUACUUAUAAGUGAAGGGCAGAUUCUAUAUCAGGGGCCCCGUGAUGCUGCUCUCAUAUUCUUUGCUUCCAUGGGUUUUCGGUGUCCAGAUAGGAAAAAUGUUGCUGAUUUUUUGCAAGAAGUUACAUCAGAAAAAGAUCAGCAGCAGUAUUGGUUCCUUGAUAGCCAUUACCAGUAUGUGCCUGUGGCAAAGUUUGUAGAAGCUUUUCGAUCAUUUUGGGUGGGUAAUUAUUUGUCCCAGGAGCUGGCUGUUCCAUUUGAUACACGCUAUAAUCAUCCAGCAGCUCUUUCAACUAGUGCCUAUGGUGUAAAGAGGGCUGAGCUUCUCAAGAUCAGUUUUUCCUGGCAGAUGCUACUACUGAAACGAAAUUCAUUUGUCUUUGUGUUCAAAUUCAUGCAGCUUCUUUUAGUCAUUUUGAUCAUGAUGAGUGUGUUUUUCCGAACAACAAUGCACCAUAAUACUCUUGACGACGGAGGUGUUUAUCUUGGUGCACUCUACUUUGCGAUAGUUAUGAUUCUUUUCAAUGGCUUCAUGGAGGUCCCUAUGUUGAUUGCCAAGCUUCCUGUUUUUUACAAGCACAGAGACUUGCACUUUUAUCCGUGCUGGGUUUAUACACUUCCUUCUUGGCUUUUGAGUGUUCCAUUGUCGAUUUUUGAGUCUGGUAUAUGGGUGGCAGCUACAUACUACGUGGUUGGGUUUGAUCCCCAAAGUACUAGAUGCCUUCGGCAGUUUUUAUUGUAUUUCUCUAUGCACCAGAUGUCAAUUGCUCUCUUCCGUGUGAUGGCAUCCUUAGGCAGAAAUAUGAUAGUUGCCAAUACUUUUGGAUCUUUUGCAAUGUUGGUUGUGAUGGCUCUCGGAGGAUUUGUCAUUUCAAGAGAUAGCAUUCCACGUUGGUGGAUCUGGGGUUACUGGUUUUCUCCUUUGAUGUAUGCUCAAAAUUCUGCUUCGGUGAAUGAAUUUCUCGGCCAUUCCUGGGAUAAGAAAGCUGGGAACCAGACUAGUUUGUCUUUGGGCCAGACGUUACUACAGGUUCGCAGUUUAUUUCCAGAGGGUUAUUGGUAUUGGAUUGGUGUGGGAGCUUUGCUCGGUUACACAAUUUUGUUCAACGUCUUCUUCACAAGUUUCCUGACUUACCUCAACCCCCUUGGAAACCAGCAAGCCGUCGUUUCUAAGGAGGAGCUCCAAGACAAAGUCAAGAAAAAGGAGAAUGAACAAGCAGUUCUUGAGCUAAGACAAUUUUUACAACAUUCACACUCUUUCACUGGAAAACAAAGUGUAAGACAGAAAGGCAUGGUUCUUCCAUUUGAACCUCUGUCCAUGUCUUUCAGCAACAUCAGUUAUUACGUGGAUGUUCCUAUGGAACUGAAGCAUCACGGUUUAUCAGAAGACAGAUUGCAAUUGUUAGUUAAUGUUACUGGAGCAUUCAGGCCAGGUGUCCUUACUGCUUUAGUUGGUGUAAGUGGAGCUGGAAAAACUACCCUCAUGGAUGUUUUAGCUGGUAGGAAGACAGGGGGACAUAUUCAAGGAACUAUAUAUAUUUCUGGGUACCCCAAAAAGCAAGAAACUUUUGCAAGGGUUUCUGGCUACUGUGAACAAAAUGAUGUUCAUUCUCCAUGUUUGACUGUCCAUGAAUCACUCCUGUUUUCUGCUUGGCUCCGGUUACCUUCAGAUGUUGGCUUAAAAACACAAAGGGCUUUUGUAGAUGAGGUUAUGGAACUUGUCGAACUUACUCCAUUAAGUGGAGCAUUAGUUGGUCUACCAGGGGUUGAUGGGUUGUCAACAGAGCAAAGAAAAAGGCUGACGAUUGCUGUUGAGCUUGUGGCCAAUCCUUCUAUUGUGUUCAUGGACGAACCUACUUCAGGACUGGAUGCUAGGGCUGCUGCCAUUGUAAUGAGAACUGUGAGGAAUAUCGUAGACACUGGGAGGACAAUUGUUUGCACUAUCCAUCAGCCCAGCAUUGAUAUUUUUGAAUCUUUUGACGAGCUUGUGCUCAUGAAACGAGGCGGAGAGCUCAUUUAUGCCGGUCCUUUGGGCAAAAGAUCUUGCAAGCUUAUUCAGUAUUUUCAGGCAGUUCAAGGGGUUCAUAAGAUCAGGCCUGGAUAUAACCCUGCUACUUGGAUUCUGGAGGUCACUUCUCCAGCAGAAGAAAUUCGCCUUGGUUUGGACUUUGCAGAAGUUUAUCGCAGAUCAAAUCUUUCUGAGAGAAAUAAAGACCUGGUUGAAAGAUUAAGCAAACCAAAUAGUGAUUCCAAUGAAUUAAUCUUCCCAAGCAAAUACUCAAGGUCAUUUUUUGCCCAGUUUCUAGCGUGUCUUUGGAAGCAGAGCCUGUCUUACUGGAGGAAUCCACAGUACACUGCUGUACGCUUCUUCUACACAGUUAUCAUAUCUUUGAUGUUUGGAACAAUAUGCUGGAGAUUUGGUUCUAAAAGGGAAACCCAGCAGGAUAUUGUUAAUGCUAUGGGAUCCAUGUAUGCAGCAGUCUUAUUUAUUGGAAUCACAAAUGCCACUUCUGUGCAACCUGUGGUUUAUGUUGAGAGGUUUGUCACAUAUCGAGAGAGAGCAGCAGGGAUGUAUUCUGCUCUGCCAUUUGCAUUUGCACAGGUUACGAUUGAAUUCCCCUAUGUGUUUGUACAGUCACUGAUUUACAGCACUAUCUUCUACUUCAUGGCAUCUUUUGAGUGGAGCCCUUGGAAGUUUAUUUGGUACAUAAACUUCAUGUAUUUCACUUUACUAUACUUCACCUUCUUUGGAAUGAUGACGACUGCUGUUACUCCUAAUCAAAAUAUUGCUGCAAUCCUUGCUGCACCGUUCUAUAUGAUGUGGAACCUUUUCAGUGGAUUCAUGAUUCCUCACAUGAGAAUCCCCAUAUGGUGGAGAUGGUAUUACUGGGCAAAUCCAAUAGCCUGGAGUUUGUAUGGCCUUCUCACAUCCCAAUACGGAGACCUGGAUGAUCUGGUAAAGCUUGCUGAUGGCACUCGAUCAGUGCCAAUAAAACAACUGCUUAAAGACCAGUUUGAUUAUAGGCACGAUUUCUUGGGUAUUGCCAGCAUUGUAGUAGUUGGUUUCUGUGUGCUAUACGCAGUGACUUUUGCUUUCGCCAUCAAAUUCUUCAACUUCCAGAGGAGAUGAAGAGAAGGAAUGCAACAGAGUUUGACAUCUAACAAAUAAUGCGCUAUUGUUCCAAUUUUCAUAUAGAUUUCUGAAGAAAAAAAAAACUCUACCAAAACAGAGAGCACGAACAACCGACUGCAAUACAGAACAAGAGUGCAUUGGCAUCUGUAAGAUCAGAUUAUUCAGUUGGAUUUUACUUUGUUUACAGGAGCACUUCAUUUUACUAUACAUUUAAUACAUAAAAGUUCUAUUUUCCAUCAAGUUGUUUACGAACAGUUACAAAUGAUCUCAUUCCCUGUUGCUGUUAUUGUACUUCUUGUCAAAAUCUGUAUGAGAAUGCUUGUCAUUUUUUAAAAAUAAUGUACUAUGCACCAUAAUGUAUCGUGGAUGAUAAGAGCAAAUGCAC